AUGGCAGCCAUUUUAUGGGUUUUGAGUUUUUUCGUCUCGAUUUUGUUGUUGACUCAUCGAGUCAACUCAGAGUCACUCCUAGAAAAACAAGCUCUCCUCGCCUUCAUUCAGCAGAUUCCUCACGAGAAUCGUCUUCAAUGGAACGAGUCUGACUCAGCGUGUAACUGGGUCGGAGUCGAAUGCAACUCGAACCGGUCCUCCAUCUACUCUCUCCGGUUACCAGGUACCGGUUUAGUGGGUCAGAUCCCAUCCGGAUCGUUAGGCCAACUGAGUCAACUCCGAGUUCUAAGUCUUCGUUCUAAUCGUCUCUCGGGCCAGAUCCCUCCAGAUUUCUCAAAUCUCACUCACCUCCGAGGCUUAUAUCUACAACAUAAUGAUUUCUCCGGCGAGUUUCCGGCGAGUAUUACACAGUUAACCGGAUUGAUUCGUCUCGAUAUCUCAUCUAACAACUUCACUGGACCAAUUCCUUUCUCAGUCAACAAUCUCACUCAGUUGACUGGUCUCUUCCUCGGACACAAUCGAUUCUCCGGGAAUCUUCCGAGCAUCUCCGUAGAUUUGACCGAUUUCAACGUCUCAGACAACAACCUAAACGGUUCGAUUCCUUCGUCAUUAUCUAAUUUCCCAGCCGCGUCGUUCACAGGAAACGUGAAUCUCUGUGGUGACCCAUUAAAACCUUGCAAAUCCUUUUUCAUCUCUCCAUCUCCGUCUCCGUCGUCGUCUGAUUCUCCCUCUCGUUUAUCCGGCAAGAAAUCAAAGCUCUCCACGGCGGCGAUUAUUGCAAUCUCCGUCGCGUGCGGGUUAGUGGGUCUUCUCCUAUUAGCGCUUCUUUUAUUCUUCUGCUUGAGAAAACGACGAGGAAGCGAUGAGGGUCGGACGAAACAGACGAAACCGGCGACAACAACGCGAAACAUCCCUAAUUCAAUUCCUCCGGCGGGUGCUUCAUCGUCGAAGGAAGUUACAGGGACAUCGUCGGGAAUGGGAGGAGAAACAGAGAGGAACAAGCUUGUUUUCACAGAAGGAGGAGUGUAUAGUUUCGAUUUGGAAGAUUUGUUGAGAGCUUCUGCGGAAGUUUUGGGUAAAGGAAGCGUAGGGACGUCAUAUAAGGCGGUAUUAGAGGAAGGUACGACGGUGGUUGUGAAGCGGCUUAAGGAUGUUAUGGCGUCGAAGAAAGAGUUUGAAUCACAGAUGGAGAUUGUUGGUAAAAUCAAACACCCAAAUGUUGUUCCAUUGAGAGCUUAUUAUUACUCCAAAGAUGAGAAGCUUCUUGUCUUUGAUUUCAUGCCCAAUGGAAGCUUGUCUGCUCUUCUUCACGGAAGCCGAGGAUCAGGACGAACACCGUUGGAUUGGGAUAAUCGUAUGAGAAUAGCGAUAACUGCGGCGAGAGGUUUAACUCAUCUUCACGUUUCAGCCAAAUUGGUACAUGGAAACAUCAAAGCCUCGAACAUCCUCCUACAUCCAAACCAAGACACUUGCGUCUCUGACUAUGGACUUAACCAACUCUUCAGCAACUCAAGUCCUCCAAACCGUCUAGCGGGUUAUCAUGCUCCUGAAGUUCUCGAGACACGGAAAGUGACAUUUAAAUCGGAUGUGUACAGUUUCGGUGUGUUGCUGCUUGAGCUUUUGACAGGUAAAUCGCCUAAUCAGGCUUCACUUGGCGAAGAAGGCAUUGAUCUACCUCGGUGGGUGCUUUCCGUGGUUCGGGAAGAAUGGACCGCUGAGGUUUUCGAUGUUGAGCUGAUGCGGUACCAUAACAUAGAGGAAGAGAUGGUUCAGCUUCUUCAAAUCGCAAUGGCGUGUGUCUCUACGGUUCCGGAUCAACGACCUGUGAUGCAAGAAGUGCUUAGAAUGAUUGAGGAUGUGAACAGAAGUGAAACAACCGAUGAUGGGUUAAGACAAUCGUCUGAUGAUCCGUCAAAGGGAUCAGAAGGUCAGACUCCUCCAGGGGAAUCAAGGACGCCACCACGUUCCGUCACGCCUUAG